CGCUGGUGCAUACAGAUAUAAAUUUGGGACGAAACAGCAUAUUGUAAUUAGAGCAAGAAGUGAGGUGCACUCAAACAGACAUGUACUCAACCAUUGUUUUCUUAUUCCUCGUCCUGCUAGCCAUGUCGGCCCAGGGUGAACCAGAAAUCUUCCAGAAUAACCGGCCCGAGGAUCCAGUCCCAGUUGAGACAGUUACAACAUGCGGCGGUUAUAUUGUGGCUUCCUCGGGAACGAUCAAUUUCCAAGUGGGAGGUUCUAUUCGGGCGGACAUGCGUUGCAUUUGGACUUUGAAAGCUCCCGCUCAGAAUCAGCGAUUCUUGCUCGUCUCAUCCGGCCUUAAGGAGUCGGACGGUUUAUACUUGACCGAUUUCGGGUACGCAUCGGCCGGCCCAGGAGCUCAAACGAGGGUGACAACUGUUGGUCAGAAUUACACACUCCCUUCGAAAAAUGUCUUCAUCACUUUAAACGUCGGACACGCCCCCACGAUGGGAUUCAGCCUCCAGUUUUUCUCCAGCGGUCCAGACAAUUAUCAAAUAUUGACCGGUCACGCCAGCUUGACCGGAGUGAAGGGCAAUUACAGCUACCCGGUAGGUGGAGGGCAGUACAACAACAGUGUCAUCGACUGGUUCACACUUUGCCCUUCAACUCCAUCUCAACCAACGUUACGCUUCACCAGGGUGGAUGUCGAGUAUAAUGCGGACUGUAACUUUGAUAGUGUCAGAACCUACACCUGGUUUAACAAUCAGUUCAGCGAAGUUGCUAGGUUUUGUCGAACAACUAUUCCUCCAAGUCUUACUUUACCCGAAGGUCUUGGCUUGAUAAGAUUUAAUUCUGAUAGCACCGACACCAGGACGGGAUUUGACUUUGAGUGGGAAUAAAUUUCAACAAAACUGAACACUUGCAGAAUUCGUAACAUAUUUAGCCAUGCAACUAAUAUUUUAUUCCAUAUUGUAAAAUGAAACACUAUAUUAUUUUCCAGUAGACCACUAAGUAUUCGGCUAAUCCUUACAUACAUUCAAUACAGCAUUUUCCCAAUAUAAAAAACAGUUCAACAAUAAAUUUGUAACUUAUUUAAAAAAUGA